AUGGAUGGUGUUCUACUAAUAUGCAGGGUAUACUUGGGGAGACAGUGUUCAGAGCUGAUUCUGAGCUUGCAGGGAGCUUGGCGAGUUACUGAGAAUGCGGCGCAAAGCACAGCCAGCUUCAAGUGGAGUAGUAAACUACCCGACGAUGGCUGGCUCGUCCAGCUAGAAAGAGGUAAGUAUGGUAUUACGGCUUCGCAAACCGCUCGCCGAAAUCAGUGGUUGGCCCCUCGUGCGGCCCGUGCCACGUCAGCCUGCUGGGGGAUUACGGUCGGUAUACUAGUUCUACUGAGAGUCAUCAGGUGUCCGACAUACACCGUAGGCAUAUGGCUGGUGAGGGGUGAUUUCAGCUUCUCAUACACUGUUAAGGCCCCCCACCAAUCAUGCCAGCCUCUCGACCCCUGCAGACUUCUCGGAGGUUUGCCGGAGUCAUCAUGUUUGGACUGUGGACGGAUUGAUAUGCCGAGCCUCUCACUCCCCUCAGCGGGCUCGCUUAAAAUUGAUUGCCUGCGGGCAUGCAAGGGUGGAUGCAUGAAUACGUACUUUGUAAAUGAGCUGAUGAUAAGAAUUGAGUCAGUCUUAAUAUUAGAUAGGUGGAAGUGA